AUGGGGUUUCUCUCUUGCUGUUGCAGGUUGUUUGACUUGGACCCUGACCUAUUGCCCCUUUUCCAGUACAACUGCAAGCAGUUUUCCAGCCCUCAGGAGUGCCUCUCUGCCCCUGAGUUCCUGGAUCACAUCAGAAAGGUGAUGCUGGUGAUCGAUGCUGCUGUGAGCCACCUGGACAACUUGUCCUGCCUGGAAGGGUAUCUCUGCAACCUUGGCAAGAAGCACCAGGCAGUCGGUGUGAAGGUCGAGUCUUUCUCGACUGUCGGCGAGUCCUUGCUGUUCAUGCUGGAGAAAUGCCUUGGCACUGCCUUCAGCCCAGAUGUGCAGGAGGCUUGGAGCAAACUCUACGGUGCUGUGGUGAAAGCCAUGCGACGUGGCUGGGAGACCCUUCCGGAAGGGGACUAG